AUGGCAGAAGAGAAAAUCACUGCCAAUGGCAGUGCAGGUCCGGUUCAAGGUUUCAGAACUACCAACUAUCCAGCUAUAGCCAACCCUCCAUUCCCAGCAGAAGGUUCAGCGGCAUUUUCAAAUUACCAACUUGCCUUCUGUCUCUUUUUCGGUCCAUGGCUCGUUCAGAAAUUACUCCCAUUCAGAACUGGGUGGUAUUUCUAUUUCUUCCUUUUCUUCUUGCUAGGUGUACCCAUCGCUAUUGGUUAUUGGACAUUCAAAUCUAAGUACGGUGCUAGACUCGACGAGAAAGCUGUAUACCCCGGUAAACCCCUCAACACCUAUAUCACCUUGAAAGAUGAUAAGUUGAAGAAAUACAAUUCGACCAACAACAAGAUCCCAAUGCAAGUUUUCCACGAUGCUUACUUUGCCGGUAAGGCCGAUUUCAACGGUGAUGUUUUGGAAGUAAUGGAAUGGAGACAUGAUUGGGCUUCUUUCGAGUUCACUCCCGAGUUAUUCAAAUACGUUUUGUUCAACCUUAUCCCAGAUGUGAUCAUUCACUCCCAAUCCCAAGAUGAAGAACAAGUUCGAGAUCAUUAUGACCGAGGAGACGACUUCUACUCUUGGUUCCUUGGACCUCGAAUGAUCUACACUUCAGGUGUCAUCUCCGAUAUCAACAAGAUGGAAACCCUAGAGGAAUUACAAGAUAACAAGUUGAAGAUGGUCUGUGAGAAAUUGGACUUGAAACCUACCGAUAAGAUGUUGGAUAUCGGUUGUGGUUGGGGUACUUUGGCUACGUUCGCUGGUAAGAAUUACGGAUGUGAUGUUACAGGUGUCACCCUGGCCAAAAACCAAACUCAAUUCGGUAAUCAACGACUCCGAGAGAACGGUGUACCCGAAUCACAAGGUCGAAUCUUAUGUAUGGAUUACAGGGAUAUCCCCCACUCAAAAGGUUAUUUCAAUAAGAUCUCAUGUUUGGAAAUGGCCGAACACGUCGGUAUAAGAAGAUAUGGUACUUUCCUCAAGGAGGUUUACGAUUUAUUGGAUGAUGAUGGAUUGUUGGUCUUCCAAGUGGCUGGUAUUAGAACUUGUUGGCAAUUUGAGGAUCUCAACUGGGGUCUGUUUAUGAACAAAUACGUUUUCCCCGGAGCCGACGCUUCAUUACCUUUAGGAUGGGUCAUCAAACAACUUGAAUCUGCCAAUUUCGAGAUCAAGACUGUCGACGUAUUGGGUGUUCAUUACUCUGCUACUAUUCACAGAUGGUAUUUGAACUGGGUUAGCAACAAGGAUAAAGUUAUUGCUAAAUAUGGCGAAAGAUGGUACAGAAUUUGGGUUUACUUCUUGGCUUAUUCUGUAAUACAAGGUUCAGCCUCGGUAUUCCAAAUUACCGCGCACAAGAACCUUAACGCUUUCCACAGAGUCGAGGGUGUUACAUCACAUGGAAAUGUCUUGUAUCACACUGCCAAGAAAGCCGAACCUGUCAUCUCUCAUCAAGAGAUGUGGGCUGAUCAAACUCUCCAUUAA